CAAGUCAGCAUUUUGAAAUUUCUCUUUUUUCGAUUUUGAGUUUACUCUUCUGUUCAAUUCUUGAGUUAUUCAUAUAUUGAGUUGUGGAAUAAGUGAUUUUAGUUCGUUUAUUCGGAGAUGCAGUAUAUUAGGAGGUCAGCAGUGUCCACUGGGAACAGAUGGCUUUCCGUCCUGAAAUCUCAGAACGGGUUGCGUUCCUUUUUGGAGUAUAAUUCUGCUAAGUGCUUUUCUGAUGUGGGUUUGGCUGGUUUUUCAUCUUCUGCAAGAAAGGGUGUGAUUGGAGCUGAAGGGUAGUGUUUUACUGCAUUGAUUUAUUUUGUUGGUUUGAACUGUCACGAUAUCUCAGGCCAGGUUGCGCACUAACUCCUCUCUGGGCUAUCUUAGGAGACAUCCCCACAUUGUCCUGAUGCAUUGAUUAAUCAUAUUUGAUAUCAGUUUUGUGAGGAUUAUGCUAUCCUAUGUCUGUCAGCAUUAUACAUUAAGCUCUGCAAUUGAUUUCACCUUUUUAUGGUGGUGCCAGUGCCAUCCUUGCGUUUUCAAUCAAUUUAUUUUUGCAAA